AUGAAGGCCACUUCCAUGAUCCUCCUGAGCUUCGGCGCCCUCGCCGCUGCCGGAAGCAACGUUGCUGGCGGAUACGGCAACGAUGACACUGUACCUGCCCCCGCCCCAGCUGUUUCUUCUCCUGCUCCGUCCUCGGCUGUGAAGCCCGUCGCCGGCCAGCCCUCUGCCGCGGCCAAGAAGUCUGACGACGACGACUGCGAAACCAAGAAUGUCCCUGUGGCCUCGCCCAGCUCUGCUGCCCCGCCCGCGGCCAAGAAGGUGCCCAACUCUGACGUCGCCCCUGUGGCGCAGAGCACCCCCACCAGCAAGCCUGCCAUCGAGAAGACGCUCGUUCUCAGCGUGCCGUCCAUCACGAUGCCUGCUGCCCUCUCCAAGCCGAGCAUCGUCGCCGACGUCACCUCGCUCAUCGCCGACCUCAAGCCCAGCAGCAUGAUCAAGGUCCCCGGUGUCGCCAAGCCCACCCAGUCUGCCUACCUGGCCGCCCCUGCUCCGGCUUACAACGCCACCACCCCCAAGCCGGCUCCCGUCACUGCCGGUGGCGUUUCGGUCGCUACCGGUGUCGGUGCCGCGACCUUUAUCGCCGCCAGCUUCAUGGCUGCUCUGCUCUUCUAA